AUUAUUAUUAUGUGAAUGCAUGAGUAUAUCCAUUUCCGUUGACAAGGCCCACAACAGGCCGACCGCCAUGGCUGUCUGUCUGUCCCCCUAAUACGUCUUGGUCUUAUCGGUCUUGUCAAGCGUGCUCCCCUCGACAACCUAAACACACACACACAAUGGGCAGACUGCACAUCCAUCCGUCAUCCCUCCCUCCCGAACGCACCUUUUGGAUGUCAGCGGCCUUGGCGAGCAGCGUGUCGAUGUCCUUCCCCUCCAUGCUCAGCUGAGCAAGUGUCCCAUGAAUCAACAAACAGACAGACAGAGGAUAUCAUCAUGAUGGCACUCAUCAUGUGUGUGGCCCUCCCUCCCUGUCUGUCUGUCUGCCAGCCAGACCAACCUUCCUGGCUCUCUCCACGGCCGGCCGUUGUCGGACUUCCUCCAGCCAUCGUUGCAGAUGCGGCAGGUCGGCCACGCUGACCCCUGCCCACUGGUGGUACUCCAGCCACGGGUACAGGGCCAUGUCAGCGAUGCAGUAGUGGUCGCCAGCUAUGUAAGUGCACUUGCCAAGCCGCUCAUUCACCACCUCAUAGAGCCUUCGGGUCUCCCCUUGGAAGCGUUCAAUGGCAUAGGGCAGCCUCUCAGGCACGUAGCGCAGGAAGGCGUGGGCCUGGCCCUGGAUGGGGCCGACCCCGCUGCACUGGAAGAACAGCCACUGAAUCACAUCCCACCUGUCGAUCGAGUGACACACACACACACACAGACACCAUGGGUAAGGCCGGCAGGGACGACAGACACGCGUGCGUCAUUUAUCGGCUCACUCACCGCUGUGUGGGGUGGCUUGGGUCCCCGAUGAACCUCUGAUACUUUUCCGCCAGGUAGAGCAUGAUUGCGCCGCUCUCAAACACCGACACGGGCGGCGUGGCCGUGUAGUCGACGAUGGCCGGUAUCCGCCCAUUGGGAUUGAUGGCGAGGAACCACUCCUGCAGGCGGGCAUCAAAGAGAGAGGAUCUCUCAGCCAGCGCAGCACGUGGCGAUGAGUGCCACUGAUCUGACUGAGUGGUUUGCCUCACUCACCUGUUUGUGUUCUCUCUUGUCCAGGUCCAGCAGCGAGAUCUUGUAAGGGAUGCUUAGCUCCUCCAACAGUAUGGUGAGCUUCCACCCGUUGAAUGCGGGAAAAGACGACCGCGCUGCAAACACACAAGCAAACAAACGCACGAGCACCAUUGCAGGGAAGGAGUGUGUGGGAAGUGAGGCACUCAUCUGACUCAUGCCCACCGGUGUAGAGCACCACAUCUGCCCUCUCCGUCUGAUGUGCAGCCGAUUGGGUCGUCAUGGCGGCCGCCCGCGCCCUCAACAGUGCCACAGGUGCCCUCCGGAAAUGAGAUGGCGAUGAUGAUCCAGGGAGAAGAUCAAGCGAAGGAAGGUGCUGCCAGGCCGCUAUUCGUCGCAGACAGAGUGACAGCAGCAUCCAAAAGCUGCAGAAAGGCGACAU